AUGGUUGUUGUAGCAGAAUUCUGCCAGAGGCAGCAUUGGGAACCAAUUGUCUUGAAAAGAGUUGAUGUAAUACCAAAGAAUUCGGGUAAAAACGCUGAGAGAAACUUGGAACUCAAAGAAAUCAUUUUUGUGAUACAAAGUCAAAGUCAAUAUUUUCACAAGAAGAAAGCAGAAGAUUUAAAAGAAAAUAUUUUAAAGCAGGCAGCUGGAAUCAGUAAGGAGCCUCCAAGAGUGCUAUAUCUCCAUGAAGUUAUGAAAAAUGAAGGUGCAUGGACCAUCCUUCCAGUGAUACCACAUUUUGCAGACUCUUAUGGCAACAGUUCAUCAUGGAUCUUUUUUUGCGAAGAGGAUACAACAGUAAGGCUUCAAAAGCUUUUGGAUACACUACAGACAUUUGACAAAUCUAAGAACUGGUUUCUGGGAAAAGCAUUACAUGAUGAAGAGUCUACAAUAAUUCAUCAUUACGCAUUUGCAGAAAACCCUUCUGUUUUCAAGUAUCCAGAUUUUGCUGCUGGUUGGGCUCUUAGCAUGCCACUUGUAAAAAGACUUGCAUAUGUCUUGAAGAAUGAACCCCCAAACUCUGAUUUUACAAUAGACCUGAAACAUGAGAUUGCUUUGUACAUAUGGCAGAAGGCUGAUGGACAGGCACUUACUCCAGUGCCAGCGUUUUGUACGUAUAAUCCAGACUCGACCAAAGCUACUAACUGUGCCACAACUUUUAAUGGAUCUCUGCCUCUCUGUGGUAAUCCAGUGAAUAAGGAUGAUAUAUUUGUUGCUAUAAAAACGUGCCGAAAGUUUCAUAAAGAUAGAAUUCCAGUUGUAAAGAAAACCUGGGAAAAAGAUGCUGUACAUUUUGAAUAUUAUAGCGAUUACGCAGAUGACACAAUCCCUACGGUGGAUUUGGGAAUACCCAAUGUUGAGAGAGGGCACUGUGGCAAAACUUUUGCCAUACUGGAAAGAUUUUUAAGAUCUACCACUCCACGGACAUAUUGGCUGAUCAUAGUUGAUGAUGACACACUGAUCAGUCUCUCAAGAUUACGGAAACUACUUAGUUGUUAUGAUCCGAAUGAAUCAAUAUUUCUUGGGGAGCGUUACGGUUAUGGAUUAGGAGCGCGGGGAUACAGUUAUAUUACUGGAGGAGGAGGAAUGGUAUUCAGCAGAAAAAUGGUAAGAAAGAUACUGAACAGCAAAUGCCGGUGUUACAGCAAUGAUGCACCUGAUGAUAUGGUUCUUGGGAUGUGUGCCAGCGGCCUUGGAAUUCCUGUUAUCCACAGUCCACUUUUUCACCAGGCCCGACCCAUGGACUAUCCAAGUGAUUAUCUUUCUCACCAAGUUCCAAUAUCGUUCCAUAAGUACUGGAAUAUUGAUCCUGUUAAAGUUUAUUAUACAUGGCUAAUCCCGGAGGAUAAAGAAGAUUUACGUGCAAAUAAACAUUUAAGAGAAGAUUUAUAACUCUUUCGUACAAAUCCUUGAGGGAUUUUAACAGGAGCUGCAAGUAUCUGACUCUGUAGAAAUUCUUUAAAUUGUAUUUUUUUAAAUGUGUACACUAUUAAGACGUUUUCCUUUUCAGCACAAAUGAAACAAAACCAAUAAGUUUGUGCUCAUAGACUUUUAUUUAAACAGUCAGAGGUUUCCUAGAUACCCAUAAUGGUAAUACAUCUAAAUAUCUUCUCCUAGAUUUAACAAGUACAUUUUUAAUUACAUUUGAAAAAUAAAAUAUAUAUUUUAAGUUGUCUGAGCAUGUGAAAGCUCUGUUCCUAUGCUCCUGCAAACAUUGCAAAACUUUGUACAUAUUAAGAUUAUUUUGUUAAA